AUGAUUUUAAUUGGUUUGGCAUUACUGUCAAUGUGUGUUAAUUUAAUUCAAGAAGCAUUACAAAAAUUAAUUGAAAGAUUAAUAGAACAAUAUAUUGAUGAAAUAGAAAAAAUAGCUGCUGUUGUGACAAAUAAUGAAAUAAAUGAAUUUACUGAAGAAUUGGAACCUUUUAAUGUUGGUGAAAUUAAUGAGAUGUCUUUACCUAUAGCAACAUUAAAUAUAGAACAACCAAGAAUAGUUGUAGAAAAUGGAGGAGGAAUUGGGAGGACAGUAAAAGAUUGGUUUGCUGAGAAAGCUAGUAGUAUAUUACUUAAUAAGAUUUAUCCAGUCUCGAAUUCUCUUUCCUCUUCCGAUUCUGAAGAAGAAAAAGAAAGAGAAAAUGUUAAUUUGCCUGAUUUAGAAGAAAUAAUUGUUAAAACAGAACCAGUUAAAGCUAAAAUAACUAUACAUAAACAUUCUUUGGAUGAAAAUAAAAUUGUUGAAGAUGAAAAUCUUCCACAAAUAGAAAUUCAUGAAGGAACACCUUUAAGGAUUGAAGAAAUGCCUAAAAAUCAAAUAAAAUUAGAGAAAGCACAAGUUAAUAAUAAAGGAAUUAUUUAUGGAGGAACAUCUACAAUCGGUUAG